AUGAGAGGCAAGAAGCGACCCCCAGAAGAGAGGGUGUCAGUGGUGGCAGGUCCUUUGCCGCCAUGUCGUGUUUGUGGCGAGCAGGCAGCAGGAUUCCACUAUGGAGCCAAUACGUGUGAGGCUUGUAAGGGCUUCUUCAGGCGGAGCCUGCUGCGAAAUGGUGACUACGAAUGCGUUAGAUCUGGUAACUGCACCGUGGGCCCAAACCGGAGGAAAAGUUGUCCCAAAUGCAGAUACCUCAAGUGCUUAUCUGUGGGCAUGUCAAAGGAAGCUAUCAAGACGGGUCGUUAUACUUACACAAAGAGGACGCAAGACACUAUGGAAAUCAAAAUGCUAAAGCAGAACAAACACCAGCUAAAAGCAGAUCUCAGAAUGGACAAUGACUAUGCUACAAAAGGAUCUAAUAUAUAUUCCUUUGAGCAGAGAAGUUUGCUGGAGAACAUCAGUGACGGUGACAGCCUCUGUGGUAACUCUUACUGCAGUUUGUCACCAGCAGUUGAGACAUCAGCUGGUUCAGAACCUAUCUCCCCAGCUUCUGCAGCUUCAUCCUCUUCAUCUUUAACAGAGCUGACAUCAACAUUGUCAGUCAAUAUUUUAUCUCUAUCAAAAAGCAGUUCACAAAUGAGCAUGCUGGAGUUACCAGCUGAAGAACUGAAGACUGCAAAAGACUUGUCUGACGGAAAAGAGCCAUGUGUAAGACCAACAUCAGUGACAGGGGAUUUGAGUCUUCAGUGUAUUGAACUGUUAGCAGCAGAAAACAGUGAAUCACAGAGAAAUAAUGUAUCGUCACAAUCACAUAGAAAUCUUGUGUCUCCAGAAUCACAAAGAAAUCAGGUGUCUCCAGAAUCACAGGGAAUUCAUGUGUUUCCAGAAUCACAAGCCAGUGAUAUCUCUCCAAAAUCACAAGCAGUGGAUCAUCUUCACAGUCCAGGUAAUGCAUGGACACCAGUAGAGACAACAGACAUGCCUGUGGGUCCAAACUGGCAAGUCUACAGCGAGGCCGAGCUAGAUGACUUUAUUUCGGUGAUUGUGUCGGGUCACAGAACACUUGUUGACGACGUAAAUAGUUUGCCAGAUGAAAAUAUUCAGAAGAUGUUCAGAGAGUGCCAAGAAAGAUGCAACCUGCAGACUGAAAUCUUUGGUCACUUGGGCACCAUUCAGAGGGAUGAGCAUGACCAGAUUUAUACUUCCACUGGUUUGGAUGUGGAUGGGCGCCUGGAUAACCUCAGUUAUGCAGCACAGAAGAUGGAUGUCUAUGUCCGGCAGAUGAUUUCUUUCAUGAAGUUGAUACCAGGAUUUAGAUGUUUAAAACUGUCUGAUCAGACGGCCUUAGUGAAAGCCAGCAUGGAUGACCUCUUUAUACUGGGCUACUACCGGGGCUACAACAAGGAGGAGCGGAUGGUGGUGGAGGCCAGCAGGUCUUACUGCAGGCACCAGUUGUUAUUCAGCCCUGACGAGGGAAUGGAUGUCAUUUUUGACAUAGCGCAGAGACUGCAAGCUUUACCCCUGACCUUUGACAUGAUUGUGGUUCUCAAGUCACUGUGUAUAUUCUUCACAGAUAGAGCAACUCUGGAAGACUCUCAAGCUAUAGAACAGUUACAGGUGAAAGUUGUCCAGGCAUUGCUACUGUUGCUGAAGAGACAGCUGCCGAGCCAGGAAAACCAGAUGUUUGCUAGGAUUGUGUCCAUCCUGGCACUGACCAGAGAGCACACUGAAUGCUGCCAUAAGUUUAUUCUGGCACACAUGUUGUCUGGCAGUUACAUUGAACGAUUCCAUAAUGUCCCUAUUAUUAUAGAGUUUUUGCACGCACACUUGAAUCACUGA